GCACAGAAUCAGCCAUCAUCCGCAUCACACACGGCCCAAACACCCUCCAAACAGCCCCCAGGCGACCACCCAGCAUCAGGCUCCACAAUAUGGGCGGCGGGAAGAAAAGGAAAGAAGAGCUCACCCCAUCGGUAGCCUCCAUGUUCCGCACGCCGGGGGAAUCCCAGAGGCCUACCCACUCCUAUCAAGGAGCUGAUCAAGGUACUGACUCAGAGGGGCCCGAUCCCACACUUGACCCCUCGACCCCCCUCACCAUCGGGAGCCUCAGGGACAUGCUAAAGGAGGCCACAGUGGACAUAAAAUCCCACGUGGCAGAAGAGAUCACUAGAAAUUUAGCAGGCCUCAGAACAGAAAUACAGACACUGACUGCCCGCACAGACCAGACAGAG